AUGGCGAUUCAUGGUGGGUUUAAAGACCAAGACCAGGACCAAGAACUGAUCAACAAUAGUUCUUCCUCUUUGAAUAGCAACUCCCCCAUAACCACUGCAUCCCAGAACCUCAGCAAGAAUCAGCAUCGUCGGGCCAAUGAGGUGGAUGAUGGGGAUACAGUGGUUGAACAAGGGGUGGAAGUAAAAAAAUCAGUUGGAACUAAGAGGGCAAUAGCCAAGUCAUUAGGAAAUAACUGUAAUAACGGUGAUAACAAAGAAGGAAGGUGGGCAGAGCACUUGCUCAACCCUUGUGCUAUAGCCAUCACUGCUGGAAACUUGACUCGUGUUCAACACCUCCUGUACGUUCUCCAUGAGCUCGCCUCCUCCACCAGUGACGCCAAUCACCGCCUUUCCGAUCAUGGCCUCCGGGCACUGACCCACCAUCUCCUCUGUUUCAGCAGGGGCCAUUAUUUUUGCUUCCAUUGGACCAAAUUUUUUUAA